AUGGUAAAAUAUUAUGGAUAUGUGCGAGCCCUUGAUGUGGGCUAUCCACCCGCCAAGACACCCGAAGAGUCGCGUGGUAUCAUUAGCCUGGCUUCGAGGAAUGUUAUGGCAGCGACGGGCGUCAUCUCUUAUGCCAGAUUUCGUAGAGUGAAAACUCCCAAGGGCAAAUCCUUCUGGGGAACACUUACCAACCUAUCCGCCGCCAGAGACAAAAUACAAGGCUUUGAAGGAGGCACUUGGGAAGGAUGGCCCGCCUCACUGGUAUCGAGCUAUUUGAAACUAAAUGUUGGGAAGGAACACAAGUCUCCUCGCAUUGCCACAAACAUCACCUCAUACCGUCGAAAUUAUCCAAUAUCAGGACGUGGUGACAUUGGCGUAUACGAUUGUUCUCUUCCCGUCAUACGCCUGACUCGGGGGAAGGGCAUGAUGCCGGGAAUUCUCUAUAGGCUUCCUCCUUUGGUACAUGCAGACUUCAGUGACGCCACACAGCACCUACUAGCAUUGGAAGCCUGCAAAAUUUUAAGAGGGCCUAGUAAACGGCUGAGAGGUUCGUUCGGCGGACUCAGCCGACUACAAUAUCUCCAGUAUCCUAAAUCCAUCAUUAUGUGA